AUGGAUUCCGACUCCCGUAAGCUCUAUCAUGUACAUGGAUUUGAUUCUAGACAGUUUCUGGAGGAUUAUUUGUCAGAUAAACCCGAUAUGGUCUUUGGAGACGAUUCCUUAAAAUUUCCUAUUGAAAAUCUUACAAAAACCUUCACACAGGGUCAUAUUAAAGGAGAUGUCCUGAUUGACCUCAGUAUUGGUUCUUUUAUCCAUCAUCUUUAUUCAGCCUGUGAGUUUUUCCAACACAUCAUAGUCCUGAAGGUCAGUGACAGAUGCAUCAUGGAGCUGAAGAGAUAUCUGGACUCACGGACUGGUGCAUUCGAUUGGGGACAUGCCACAAAACUUCAUGUAGAGAUAGAAGGAAAAAGUGACCAGUUUCAAGACAAAGAAGAAAAAGUGAGAUCAACAAUUCCGCAUGUGAUGAAAUGUGACCUUGAGAAAGAAAAUAUGACGGAUCCGAUAGACUUACCUCCAGCAGAUUGUAUCUUAGUUGCUUGGCUCCUAGAUGCUGUCUGUAAAGACCAAGAUGACUACAGGAGAUAUCUCAGGAAGUUCUCAAGGAUGCUGAAACCUGGAGGACAUCUUCUAUUAAUUGGGCUUCUAGGCACAACAUAUUGCAAAGUUGGGAAUGACACAAUCCAUGCUUUCACAUAUGAUGAGGAUUUUGCCAGCAAAGCUCUAGUUGGAGAAGGAUUUGUUAUAGAUUACUGUGUAACUAAGAAGAGAACGAAUGUGAGUGAACUUAUGGACUAUAAGGCCAUCAUAUUCAUUGCAGCUCACAAGGAGAAGUAG